CCCCAAAUUAUUUAUUUGGUUAACGAUUAUUGUUGUUUCUUUAAUUAAAUUAAAAUCGAAACAUGACACAAACAAGAAGGAUUCACGCAUCAGAAAUAUUACAAGGUUCGGAUAAUUCAAACAAAACACAUGGCAAUGAAAACAACAGCAAAAACAAUAAUAUAACAUUAAAUAAUGUUGAAGAAAUAGUAAAGGCAGAUGCAACACAGAAUGAAAAAGGCAAGUUUAAAACAUGAAUAAAAACAUGAAGUUGUGUGUUUCCGGAAUGUAUAGAUGAUUUGUUUUUCAAAAUGUUUUCUGGAAUGUUUUUAUAUUUUAUUUGUUGUUGAUGUUUUUGUUGAUGUUUUUCCGGAAGCAUUUGUGUUGUCUAUAUUUUAUUUAUUUUUACAUGUUUUCCGGAAUGUUUCUGUAUAUUUUAUUUGUUUUUGUUUGUGUUUCCGGAAUGUUUCUGUGAGUUGAUAUUGUUUAGGGAGUGUUUUUCAAAUUGUUUUCCGGAAUGUUUUUGUAUUUUAUUGUUUUGUUCGUUUGUCUUUCCGGAAUGUUUAAUAUGUUUAUUUGUUUUUCAGAAUGUUUUC